AUGGGUAUAGUAUGGAGUUAUCAGAGGUACCAGAGAUACCGGAGGGAGAAGAAGGCCCAAGAGCCGUGGGGCCUUGCAAGUCAUGAUACGGAGGGAGAGAGGACCGAAGGCAUAGAAUUAAAAAGUCACAAGACCAAGAACAAAUCCUGUCCCCAUCGACAACAGGCGCCUUUGCUGUCUGGUUCUGACCCCCCAGGACAGCAAACUGAAGGGCCAACGCAUGCGUCCCAAGGUUCCCCAAGCGAACUUCGCACAACACCCUCUCCAGGAGAUGAGUGCCAGAUAUGCCGACAAGACCGUUUGGACGCCAGGCGAUAUCGGUUCAAAUUGAUUAUUGGUCUUUUCCUCCCAUUUGCACUGCAAGCACUUGAUCUUACAAUCAUUGCAAGCGCUCUCCCAUGGAUAGCCUCUGACUUUAAUCAAUUUUCUCAAAUGAAUUGGCUUAUUGCCUCGUUCAAUUUAACCUCGGCGACGUUUAUUCCAUUUUGGGGUUCGAUGGCAGAUAUAUUUGGCCGAAUGGCGGUUCUGGAAACCGUAUUGCUGCUAAUGAUGGUUGGAUCAGCAUUAUGCACAGCAGCGCCAUUGAACGCCUUUCCCGUCCUUAUCCUUGGUCGAGCCUUCCAAGGCUUGUCAGCUGCAGGAAUUACAGUCGUCGUUCGAAUCAUCCUAUCCGACAAGGUUUCCCUGGGGGAGAAUGCUAAGAACACGAGCACCUUCUCUAUGGUUGCAGGCCUUUCCUAUGCCGUCGGUCCUGUCGUAGGCGGCUACCUUACGUCGCAUAAUUGGAGAUGGUGUUUCGGAAUUAAUUUGCCUAUAGCAUUUGUGGCUAUCGUCUCGGUGUUUCUGCUCCUCAGGGGCCAGCUUAUGGGACCUCAGCCGCUGCCUGGGGUCCCAGACCAGGAGACUCCUUGGGAAGUCUCCAGCAAACAGCAAAGAUUCAAGGCCAGAAUAUCGAUGAUUGAUUUUGGUGGCCAGUUUCUGUUUCUUGUGGGCAUGGCGCUCGUUGUAUUAGCGUUGACCUGGGGAGGAGUAACUUAUUCCUGGCAGAGCGGGCAAGUGAUUAUACCACUGGUCGUGGGCAGCUUAUUGGUGCUGUGUUUUAUCUACUGGGAAUAUCUAAUGGCCCCAGGACGAUAUCUGGCGCGCAAGUUCCCGCUUCAACGUCCUACUAUCCCAUGGAUCCUUAUAACGCAACGGAACGUUGGGCUUCUGUUUUACAUCGAUGUCGCCACAGGCAUGGCAAUGACCUCCGUCCUUUACUUUGUAGAUAUAUACUUCACAAUGGCAAAAGGCUAUACAGCCAGCCAGGCCGGCGUCCAGCUUCUAUUCUACACGCCCGGAUUAGGGGUUGGCGUCUACUCUGCAAUGUACAUGUGUAACGUCUACCCCCGCCAAACCUUCACGCCUCUCUUCCUCGGCUCCGUCAUUGAGGCCGUCGGCGUCACAGUCCUAACUUGGGCCCUCCAUCAAGGCCACAUCCCCACGAUCUACGGCAUGAUGGCGCUCACGGGCGCGGGCACGGGUCUUCGAUUUAUGCCCGGCACCCUCCACGGCAUCGGGUUCUUCCCAAACCACAUCGCGUCCGUGAUCAGCGUAUUCGCAUUUGCCGUCCCCUUCGGCGGUGCCGUAGGCAUGACGAUCAUGGGAACGGUAUUCAACAACAAAUUCUCGCCGUCCUCCCUUCUCGCCCCAGAUUCCGCUAGUAACUCCACGGGCAGCGGGAUCGAUUCCAAUUAUAUCGAGGCUAUCGCGCGCCUUUCCCCGGAUAUCCAGGACUUCGUGAGGGGCAAGGCUCGAGAUGGGGUUGUGUGGGCUUUUAUUGCUCUCCUGCCGAUGGUGUGGGUUUGUGUCAUUGCGGCCUUGUUUCUCGGGAAUGUGAAUAUCACGAAGCAGAAGAGGGAUGAGGAUGAGAAGGGCGAGGUGGAUUGGAGUGAGAAUACGUAUGAGGGCGUUUUCUUGCUUGGAGUUUUGAGAGGGCGGACUGGGACGAAGAGGGUAAAGAAGGGGAUAGAAAAUGGGGAGGCAAACGCAAAUAGAGUCACGGUUCAAGAUUAG